ACAUUACAACAGAAGUUCCCUUGGUAACUCCAAGCAACUUAAGAAGACCCUGCAAAUCUACAAAUGACCAGUCUGAAAGCACACAGCACAGGACCCAGCUAAGGUGAGAGCUGACUAAGAAGUAAGUACUCAGAAGACAAGUCAUGGAUCCACCUGCACGUAAAGAAAAGUCCAAAGUUAAAGAACCUGUCAGCAGAGUUGAGAAGGCCAAGCAGAAAUCAGCCCAGCAGGAGCUGAAGCAAAGACAAAGAGCAGAGAUCUAUGCCCUCAACAGAGUCAUGACUGAACUGGAGCAGCAGCAGUUCGAUGAGUUCUGUAAACAGAUGCAGCCUCCUGGAGAGUGAACCAACCGGAGACUGAGCCCCUCGUUCUAAGGAGAUGGGAUCCGGAGGCUUUGAGCAGCUCGUUACCAGCUGUAAGCUGAGGUGGCCAUUUGGAGCCUCACGGAACUAGACAAGAAGGCAUUUGUGUUAUUCCUAAAACUGGAUGAAUCUCAACUUCCUACAUGUAACUUCUGCUUCACUGGUUCCUCCGAUCUGAAUGGGUCCACUGCUUGCUGAAGAGACUUGUUUUAUUCUUCUAAGACAAUAUUCUUUUUUUAAAAAAAAACAAAAACUUUUUUUAUUGUUUGAGAAA